AUGGCCCAAGCACCCGAAACCCUUCCUGACUUUUCAGACCGCCUCUCAAACCUUUCCCCAGCUCUCCCAGCCCUUCUAUGGAACGCCCACGACGACGUUCUCCGAUUCCACGCCUGCAUCCUUGCCCGCGACAUUGCCACCCACGCAACCGUAGAUAGACACUAUAGCGCAUUCACCGUUGCGCGGAUAGUUGUCCAGGGCGCUUCUUUGCCCUUGCCUGGAGAAAAAGAGACGGACCAGUUGGCAAAGAUUUGCGCUAGGAUAUUCCGAUACCUGUAUGGCGAGGUUGAAGAGAUAUUCAAGUAUGACCUGUAUCGUGGAAUGAUUGAUUUGGUCCAAACUGUCGAAGAAAAGGGUCCGGGGUUGGUUACGCACGGUACGAUGCUCAUGCUAUGCGAGCUGUAUGUGCUCGCUGAUGAUCAUGAUGAUGUUGCGGAUCGGAAGAUUUGGUUUGAUGGAAUCCGGAAGGCAGGAGUGGGGCUGUGCAAAUGGACUGAGGGAAAGAGGGAAUGGAACGAGGAUGUUCUGGAACUGUUAUAUUAUGUUGAGUUUACGCUUGGGUGCAAGAUGGGGGCGCAGAGAGAGGGGCGGGCUUUGCUGUUUGAGCUCUCAGUAACACUGAGGAGGCUUGCGGACACGUUGCCGGCGCCGAAGUCGGAGGAGUUGGUGAGGAAGAUCCAGAGGAGGGUGGAUGGGAUGCAGAAGGUGUGUCUGUGGAUGGACCAGGCGGAGAUGGAUGGGAUGACAGCUGCGUUGCGGGAUAUUGGAAUUGGAUCAGUGUGA